ACCAUCUGGUGGUCAAAUCAUUUUUUGUUUCCCAAAAUCAAUUAAUUGUGCAGCGCACCUGCAUCACCUGUGGCUGUUUCUGGAGGACCGAAGAUGACAAUGUGCAAGCGCACGUCAAAGUCUUCCCGGUACUUUGAUGUUAUGUUCUGUGCUGGCUUUGGAUUUGGGUUCUGUCUCUGUUUCAUGGCCAUUACUUACUACAAAUUAGUUACAGAUAAGUUUCAGAACUCUCUGGUGCUGCUGCAGUCACAGACCAGCAGCCUCUCUGUGGCCAAUACCGCUGUGUUCUCGCCAUUAUCCCCCUCCCCCAUCUCUUCGGGGCGGCUGCUCUGCUGGGUCUUGACCUCACCCAAUACACUGUGGACCAGAUCUAAACACAUAGUUAAAACCUGGGGUCGCCGCUGUGACACACUGCUCUUCUUGAGCUCUAAGCCGGAUCUCAAGUUCCCUGGGACUGUGUUGGCCCUGGAAACAGAGGAGGGACGGGAAAACCUGUACAAUAAGACCAUUAAUGCUUUCAAAAUACUGCAUGACAGUUACCUAGACAAGGCUGAUUGGUUCCUCAAAGCUGACGACGACACUUAUGUGAUUGUGGAAAACCUGCGCCUACUCCUGUCCCGCUUUAGCCCAAACAGGCCUGUAUAUCUAGGCAGACGUUUUCGCCAGCAUGUGCAUCAAGGCUACAUGAGUGGUGGUGCUGGCUAUGUGCUGAGCCGUGAGGCUGUGAGACUCUACGCCAUGGCUGUGUACAAUGGCACCUGCACUCUUUCCACCUCUCCAGAGGACCUAGAGCUGGGCACCUGCCUCCAGAAGCUGGGAGUCCCUGCAGGUGACUCGAGGGACCACCAAAACCGGGAAACCUUCCACCCCUUGUGGCUCGGUUCCCUGGUCUCUCCCGAAGAUCUACUGCCCAAAUGGUUCCACAAUUACAAUUAUUACACAACCAAAGUGGGUCCUGACUGUUGCUCCAAAACAUCUGUAUCUUUCCACUACUGCAAGCCAUUACAAAUGUAUAUGCUUGAGUACUUCCUCUACCGUCUCAGUCCAGUGGGUGGCCACAGCAUUAAACUGCAUAAGACCAGAGGAGAAACGACAGCGACUGAGACGAAUAAGAGUAAUAAUCAGCUCACCUCUUUCUGGGGAUUUGACAAAGGCUUCAUUUGGAAUCCCUUAUAAUAAAUAAUAUAAAGCAAAAAGCAAA